UGUGUUUUUAUUUCUUUGCAGGUCUCAUGGAGUAACUGAUUUUCACUGAGCAGCAAUGGAGCAUAAUGAGUUGUUUUGCUGUGUGUCAAGACGAUGGUUGGUUCUGAAAUUUGUCUGAAGAGGUUCAAAGUAGUGUCUAGAUGUGACAUCGUCAGAGGAGGACAGGCAACGUGACGGCGGCCUGUUGCCCUGUAGCUUAAAGGGGGACUGCAUGGCUAGCAGCCCUCACUGAAGAGGAGACCAUGAGUGUCCCCCUGGCUCCAAAGAAAUCCUGUUUCAGUCAGCUGCAAGAUCACCAAGAGCAGGCAAAAAACAAUAAUGAGAGCAUUCUAAGCAUGGGAGAUACAAAUGCUAAUCAAAUCAUGUUGGAGCUCAGCUCCUCACACGAUGAGUCUGGGACACAUGAUCUGGAGGAUGAAAUUGGAAAUGCAAAUUUAAGCAGGCCACAGUACCCCAGCCACUCCCAGAAGGAGCCCCCUCAACUUCAGGGCUUCAGGAAAGGGUUUCAGGCUGGCUCCACCAGUCAGAGGGAUUUUCAUCCUUCCCUGGCUGCUCAUAGACAAUGGAGUGAGGAGCCCACAGUGAAAAGAGGUACCCUUCAGACCCCACAGGGUGUCCAGGGACCAAGUCUAUCCAGCUGGAGGAAUGCAGUAGGUCAAGCCAGUCCAGAGGUUUCGGCUAAAAGGGAUGCUGAAAUUCCCCGGCACAUUCCCAAAGACAAAUUGGCAAAGACUCUUGACAAUGAAGAGUUGAAAAGAGCAGGCAGCUCGGCAGCUGCAGCUGGCAGCCUCACUCGGGAGAAUCUGCAGCCUGUACAACUGGACACCUCACAGCCACAGGGCCAUGUGCAUGGGUGCGGGGAGGGGCCACAGGGGACAUCAGCUGGUCACUCUCCAGGGACAGGUUUUUCUCUAGGUGAGGGUACCUCAGAGGGGAAGUGUGCGCAUCCUCCUGAACCAUCUACCUCAGAAGCCAGGGGCUCCAUCCCAUCAGACACCAAGAUGGAGGGGACUCACGGCUUGGACGUUUACAACAAGUGCAUCGCUCACCCAGAAUCGACUCCCACUUCAGCACUGAAGGAAACACCCAGCCUCAGUCAUCCAGAAGGGUAUGUAGGUCAAGGAAGAGGGGAGCCCAAAGCGGAGCUCAAAUACACCCAGCCCAGGAAUGAGCAGGGACUAAAGUCAGCCCAGGCACAGGGUCUGGGAUGUCAUGAGAAAAAAAGUAUGUCACCUGUGGAGAAGAAGGAGCUGCAUGAGAAGGCACAUCAAGAAACCAUGAGUCAACUCAACCGCGGCCGUCACCAGCUUGGAGUGGGAGAAGGCAGUAGCCUGGAAGAGGUGAUGGGGGUCGGUGCUGGUGUGGAAGGGUUUCAGCCAGCCACCCCUGUGCAGAGCACUGCUCCUGGAGAGGGCGGGGCCAGACUCACUGGCAGACCGUCACCCAGCGUAGGAAGGACAAUGAAGGAAUCUGCGUCCAGUGACUUUGCACCAGGCAGUGCCCGUGUAGCGUCUGGUCUCCGUGAUGUGACUGAGAGCGCGCCCUCCGAGGUCAGGCGGGAGGAGAUGAGACAGAGUGGCGGGAAUGCGGGAAGCGCCAAGGCAUUGGCCUCGGGUCUUUCUGUGGAAGGGAGCAGAGCUGAGGCCUCUGAGCUCUUGGGCGCUCACCCUGACAACUCCGAAGCCAGAAGAAGCAGAGAGGCAGUGACCCCUGCAGCUGAAAAGGGGAACCUUCAAGAAAACCCAGCCCAAAGUGAAGUCCCUCCAGCUGGAGGAGAUUCAGCUUUCAGUACCCCAGCUCUCCCGCACCCAGAGACAGCUGUGAACUCGACUCACCAGCCCGCUCCCCCAGGUAUCGGUGUUCAGUCCAGUGUGGACACGGGGUCGCCCUUGGUGGCCUUGCCCCCCACUGACGGUGGCGGGCAGGUGUUGAACACACCCCUGAAAGCGCCUGACCAGAGCGCCUGUCCCAGUGGGGUCCCCAAGCCGCUCACACGUCCCAAGGACACACCUUCCUCCCAGGAAGCGACAGAGAAGCUGGAGACAGAUAAAGCGGAAGAAAGGGCAGAGACGAAGCCAGUCCUCAAGCCCAAGCACGUGAGGCCCAAGAUCAUCACGUACAUCCGUAGGAACCCCCAGGCACUGGCUCAGGGGGAUGCCUCGCUGGUCCCCGUGGGGCUUCCGUAUGCCUCUCCUGCAUGUGGCAUGCCUCUUCCGCAAGAGGAGAAGACAGCAAACCGUGAUGACCUUCCGCCAUCUGCCAACGUGUAUGAGAAAUUCAAGCCGGACUUGCAGAAGCCUAGGGUCUUCCCCUCUGGGCUGAUGGUGUCUGGGAUCAAGCCCCCAGGGCAUCAUUUCAGUCAGAUGAGUGAAAAGUUUCUGCAGGAGGUCGCAGACCACCCUGGGAAAGAAGAAUUUUGCUCUCCUCCCUACACUCAUUAUGAAGUCCCUCCCACCUUCUAUCGCUCGGCCAUGCUCCUUAAGCCCCAGCUGGGGUUGGGUGCAAUGUCCCGUCUCCCCUCUACCAAGAGCAGGAUUCUGAUCGCCAGUCAGAGGUCUUCAGCGAGCGCCAUCCAUCCACCGGGACCAAUAACAACAGCCGCCAGUUUCUACGGUUCUGAUCCUUCAGAUCUUAAGAAAGCCUCCAAUUCAAAUGCUGCAAAAUCCAGCCUACCAAAAUCUGGGCUUCGUCCUCCUGGCUACUCGCGUCUUCCAGCAGCCAAGCUGGCGGCCUUCGGCUUUGUGAGGAGUUCCAGUGUCUCUGCGGUGCCCAGCACUCAAUCCCUGGACAGUGUGCAGCCAGAGCAGAGCCGGCCGGUCACCCGUUCGACCUUUGGGAAUGAAGAGCAGCCACCUGUGAAGCCAGCUCUGCCUUCUAAGGACACACCCAAGGGAGCUGGCCGGGCAGCCCCUGCACCUUCCUCCAAUGCGACGACACCACGCAGGAGUUUACUUCCAGCCCCAAAGUCCACUUCCAUGCCUGCUGGAACGAAGAAAGAAUCGCAGAAAGACUCAGAUGCUAACAAACCUGCCGUCUCGUCUCCCAAGAGAGCAGCGUCUUCUUCCACCAAGCUUCACUCACCAGGGUACCCAAAGCAGAGGACCACUGCUCCUCGGAAUGGGUUCACGCCCAAGCCUGACCUGCAGGCCCGGGAGGCGGAGCGGCAGCUGGCCCAGCGCCUGAGGGACAGGUGUGAGUGGCAGGCCAGGCAGCUGGUCCUGACUCGAGGGGAGCUGAAGAGGGCCAUCCGUGGCUUCGACGUGCUGGCCGUGUCCACCCAGCACUUCUUUGGGAAGAGUGAAAGUGCCCUUGCGAAAGAAAAAGAGCUGUCGAUCGAACUUGCGAACAUCAGGGAUGAAGUGGCCUUCAACACCGCCAAGUGUGAGAAGCUGCAGAAGGAGAAGGAGGCGCUGGAGAGGCGGUUCGAGGAGGAGCUGAGGAGGCUGGGCUGGCAGCAGCAGGUCGAGGUGCAGGAGCUGCAGGAGCGGCUGCAACAGCAGUUCGAGGCCGAGAGCGCGCGCCUGCAGGCGGAGCACCAGGACCAGCUGCUGCGCAUGCGCUGCCAGCACCAGGAGCAGGUGGAAGACAUCACUGCCAGCCACGAGGCUGCUCUGCUGGAGAUGGAAAAUAACCACACAGUUGCCAUCACAAUCCUGCAGGAUGACCAUGACCACAAAGUUCAAGAACUGAUGUCUACCCAUGAAUUCGAGAAGAAGGAAUUGGAAGAAAACUUUGAAAAACUGCGCCUUUCCUUACAGGACCAGGUGGACACGCUGACUUUUCAGAGCCAGUCUCUGCGGGACAGAGCCCAGCGCUUUGAGGAAGCCCUGAGGAAAACCACGGAGGAGCAGCUGGAGAUUGCAUUGGCUCCGUAUCAGCACCUGGAAGAAGAUAUGCAGAGCCUGAAGCAGGUGUUGGAGAUGAAGAACCAGCAAAUCCACCUGCAGGAGAAGAAGAUCAUAGAGCUGGAAAAGCUGGUGGAGAAGAACAUCAUCCUGGAAGAAAAGAUCCAAGUUCUCCAGCAGCAGAACGAGGACCUCAAGGCAAGGAUUGACCAGAACACGGUUGUCACCAGACAACUGUCGGAGGAAAAUGCUAACCUCCAGGAAUACGUGGAGAAAGAGACCCAGGAAAAGAAGCGACUGAGCCGAACCAAUGAAGAACUACUUUGGAAGCUCCAAACUGGGGAUCCAACCAGCCCGAUUAAGUUGUCCCCAACAUCCCCGGUGUACAGAGGCUCCUCCUCUGGACCCUCCUCUCCAGCCAGAGUCAGCACCACACCUAGAUGACAUCGCUUCGCCACCCGCAGGAGCUCAGGCUUCUGUCCAUCCGAGGCAGUGCUGGCCAGGUGCUGGUGGCCGUCCUGUGCGCAUGCCCGGUAGCUGCAUCCGCAUCGUAGGCAGCGUCCUCUCUGACCCCUGUGUGAGACCGUCCUGGUGUUGGCACGUAGAAAGGUGUGAGCAGCAGAGUCCGGUGUCUAAAAACGUUUUAGUGUAGUUAGAGGCAAGAGAGAAACUAGUUAAGAGGCAAGAGAGAAACCGCUCCAAUUGUUCUUGAGAGAUGAACUUUCACAGCAGAAGUUAGGUCCGUUACCAACAGCUCCAUUUGGGAUACACAAAACCCUCCCGUACUACUGCGUGGGUAUAUUCAGACAUGUGGGGAUACACAUGUGGCGAUUCUGAAUUGCAUUUUUUUUAUAACAUAAUGCGCUGACAUAUUUUAGUGAUGGUCAGCAGUUUUCUAAGUUGUGCCUAAGAAUUAUUGGGAAAUGAAAAUGCAUUUCUACCUAGUUUCCUGGAAAUAUUUCUACCCAAAAUAGAGAAGGAAAAAAAAGAAGAUAGAAGCACGUCUCUCUGCCACUGAGUGGUACCCUGCUUAACACAAACACCAGCGAUUUGUAGAUGGUAACUGCCUUUGGAGCAAUUAGCUUCUUAGCCCACAUUAGGUGGGGUCCCUGCUACCCCACUGCAGGAUUUAAUUAUGACUCCUCCCAUCCUGAGAGGAUGAAAUGUAGCGGGAGAAACACUGAGGGGUCCAGUGGUUUGGCCAGUGUUUUUCCCCUUAGUGAUUCAUUAUAGUUUUGAAAACACCAGUUUAGGUCUUUCCCCCUCUAAAUAGCAUCUUGGAGUCCAUCAUCAAGCUAUUAUUGCAUCCUCAGGAAGACCCAGAGGAGUGUGACCUUUGUAGUGAGGGUGAGCAUGAGCUUGGAGAAAAGCAAUACCGUGUGCAUGGCCCAUCCUCCUGAAGGAAGAGUCCUGAUAGGGGCCGCGCUCGACCAGGCAUAGAAUAAGGACGUGUCUGCCUGUCGUUGCCUUUCACAGGCAACCCCCACCACCACCCCCCAUUUUCAGUUCAAUUCUUUGACUCAACCCCAUCACCACACAUCAAGAUGGCUCAGGGGUUCUAGUCAGGGCUUCCAGAAACCAACCUUUCUGUCUGGGGGGUGGGGUGGGGUGGGGUGGGGUGGGAAGCCAGUUCUAAAGGUGCUAGAUCAUCCUUUCUGAUGGGGGGUCACUAGGGCUGCGCCUGGCUGUGGUCCUGUCUUAGCCCUGGAGGCUCUCCCAAAUAAGGGAGGCCAGUGUACCAGCCAGCCAGCAGCCAGCAGCCGCUGAACUGGUCUUUGUGUCCAAGAUGGUAGAGUUAGAACAUGAAAAGUAUUCAUGUAGCGCUAUGGAAGAUUAGAAGCAUGACCCACAGAAGAGAAGUAGUUUUGUCCGUCAAUACAGUGGUGAUAAUGAUACCUUUGUUUCCUGUAUAUGACAAAGACCCUUCACUUCCUAAGCAUGGGCCUGUCUUUGAGCAUGCCCAAGAGGAGAAGAGCCAUGGUGUCAGCUUGUCCAAGGACAUGCACAUGGCUAACACUGAGGCAAAUGUGGUCUACAUCCCUCCCGUGGCCAAGGUGGGCUUCCUGGUCUCAGGUGCAUCUGACUGUCACCAAUCUCCAUGGGGCUUGCCCACUCUGGAGACAUACACAGUCGUCACACAUUGAAGAAACAGGUCUUUCUCCUUUAGCUCUGCAUGAUACCGGGAUACUGAGUUGGGCAUUCCCGUAAGAGUAGCUCGUCAGUUCAACGCACAGUUCUUCAUUCUCCUAGCAGGCACAACCUGCAGGCGUAAGUUUGGUGGCCGCUUAGCGCUCCGAUCUAGGACCCACCUCCACAGCGGUACCUGCUGAUGGCAGGUACUCAGCAAUGCAGACUCGGAUGGGAGUGGAGAGUGUGGUACAGCGUGUUAGGCUGUUGUGGUCAGAGUGGUAGCAAUGUUAGAUCUGUGUAACCUCAUUAGGGGACUAGAGCUUUGCCCUAACCAGCCUUGACCUUGGGCACUUGAACCAAUUUCCCCAUGGCCCUGGCUGUGUCUCUCCAUCACAGACCCCUCUCACGUAUGGUGCCCCACUUGAGUCCUGAGACCCAGGUGGCCCAGCUGCUGUGCCUCUCCUGUGAUCCUCCUGUCUCCACGCUGCGGUGACCAGGACCUCUCAGCGUGGGAAUCCAUCUGCCCUCAUCCCCAGGCUGGGACACUGCGUCCUCCCCUCUUGCUACAGACGGACCUGCCAAAGUGCUAGGUUCGUGGAGUCAGGAGGUCCUGCUGGCCGGUUCCCACUCACUUGCCAUAGGCUGGGACCAGGUUCUGGUGGUGUCAGGAUAGGUUGGGGGCUUGGGGUCUGGUACUCUGGGAUUAGUGGAAGGGGCAACAAUGUUCUUUUUCCUGCCCCUCCAGUUUCUGUGUUCCAUAUUUGUGUUGAACUCUAACGCUUAUUAAAACGAACCUGAGGGAUUUUCCAUGA